CGUCGACGGGAGACGCUGUAAAAACGCUCGCGCCUCAUCCUCAGACACCUUGUAGACGAGAAGACAACCGCGCGCACGACUCACGUGCGGAGGUAAAAUGCAGCUGAAUAACCGGACGAUGCUCACGAGUCUGGAGCUGGCUGUUAUCUAACAUUAGUUUACACAGAAGAAGAAGAAGAAGAAGAAGAAGAAGGAGAAGAAGAGGAGCCAUGAAGAAACACCUGAGUCCAACCAAACAGCAGCAGCAGCAGCCACCGGCGGAUGUCCCGGUGGCUCCCGGCGGCGAGGUGACCGUCCAACAACUCAACGAGCUGCUGUCUAACGGCAGCGGCUUCUACAGCUUACCGACACAGCACUUCAACGAGGUCUUCCCCCGGAUAUACAUCGGUAACGCGUUCGUAGCCCAGAAUGCAAUGCGUCUGCAGAAACUCGGGGUGACGCACGUCCUCAACGUGGCAGAGGGCACCUCCUUCAUGCAUGUGAACACCAGUGCGGAUUUCUACGCCGGCACGGGCAUCACGUACCACGGCAUCCAGGCCAACGACACGGAGCAGUUCAACCUCAGUGCCUUCUUUGAGGAGGGGGCUGAUUUUAUCGACAGGGCCCUCGCACACAAUAAUGGCAAAGGGAAGGUGUACGUCCACUGCAGAGAAGGCUACAGCCGCUCCCCCACCAUGGUUGUUGCUUACCUCAUGCUGCGCCACAAAAUGGAUGCCCGGCUGGCGGUGGCCACCGUGAGGCAUAAGAGAGAAAUUGGCCCUAACGACGGCUUCCUUCGCCAACUGUGCCAACUUAACGAGAAGCUGGCAAAGGAGGGCAAGCUGAACGGGGAGGUGGGCAAACUAAAGACCAAAUGAAAGCAGGACAGACUCUCUGCCCUGUCUCCCUCUCAUCAUGCCUUUCACAGGCUUCAGCUGCUCUCGGAGACUGACCCCACCCUGACCAAACCAGCACCCAUCUGACACACAAAGGGGUAUUCUGAAACACAAACAUACAUGCAUUUGUCUGUGUAGAUAAUUAUUCCACACGCACACACACAUUUUCUUUCUACUCUUCUGUUCACUGCUGCUCUGUGCGAGGAUGUCUGUCAGUCCUCCGCCUGCUCCCACAAAGAGUGCGAUCUCAAAUACUUCCACACUGCUGCGGGUCCCUGAACGCAGCACCUUAAAGCAUUCCUUCACUUCCCACAAGUUGAGAAAACUUCGCCCUGAUUUUUAAAGAUAUUCCUUGAAUCAAAGAUUAUAGCACAAUCAUUCCAUAGUUUUCCACUGCCGGGAAUGUCAGUGAUGUCUCCGCCAGCAGGAGUACUCUAUAAAUUCCAAAUGAACUCUUAGAUUUUAAAACACACGAUGCAGACAACGCAAGUCAGAAAGCGAUAUGUGAAUGGAUGGAGGAAAAUCCCAAACAUUCCAUGAAAACUGAAAAAGAGUUUUAUUUUUGCCCUCUCGAUCCUUAAAAAUCCUCAAUUCUCUUCCACCUUUAGGGGCAGAUAUUUAAAUGCACAAACACCAAUGAUUCACACUCUGAUGCAAGCUGUAGCUCUGUGCAGCAUUUCCAGUCCUCGACUCUGCGGCCUCUAGUUUGACAGCGGUAUAUUCAAUGGUUGUAUCACUGGUAGCGACGGCAGCAAAGGUCAAGCUAAUUAAAAAUAAUGAGCAGCUGUCAUGUGACGUUUUAAUUUGUCAUUGAGCUCAAUCAGCCUGCACACGAGACAAAUCACAUUUAGGUAAAUAGGAACAGUAUCUAAGGAAACACUGGGCUGAAUAUCCUCCUCAAAAGAACCUUCAAAUGAGCUAAUUUACAGGGUUUAAUUUCUAAAGUGGAUUAUUUACAAUAUCAGCUCCCUCUUGAAUCAGAAAUAAUAAGGGUGACAUUCAUUCGAAGAUGCAGAAGAGACGUUUACACUUGAUAAAGACAUUUAGUUGAAACACAAUCUGCUGGUUCAGUUUGUGUGUCAGAGGCAAAUGUUACACCAGUCAGACACACUUUUUAUAAACACUGCAACAUAUCUCAGAGCUCAGUUGAUCAUUUUAAGCCCUGUAUAAUUCCCAUAAGGGCUGAUCUGACGUACGGCGAGUCUACACAGGAGGUGCUUUUUAAUCAUCUGGCAGAACAGAUAUUUCUGCAGCAGUUUCAGCUUUGCUUGCAGUAUACACAAGUGUAUUUUCAUAUGGAUAGCUUUAAAUGUGUAAUAUCAGUGAUUGUGUUUUGAGCUGCCAGAACAUGGAUGACCUACACUCAAUGCUGUACCUGAAUGCAUCCUGUGUAGACACUGACAGUUGUUGCACUUCUGCCUCUGACUUAGACAUUGUCCACACUAAGCCGACUGAUUUUGAAAAUGCUGUUUACAGGGGAAGAUGGCGUCCACAAGGCUCAACAAUAACGAUUGCCUGAUUGCUUCAGGCAAGUAAAAUGUCAUGUUGGGUUGUAGUAUAUCUAGCAACUGACUUCCCCGAUCAGGCAACUGGUAAAAUAUGAACACAGUUUUUUCCAGAGCUGAUGAUGAAAGUAGCGAAGGAGUGAACCAUCUUGCUUUGUUCUCACCUCUGUUCAGGCACUGGAGAGAAAAUGGCGGUGGGUAGAAGUAUGUGCAACCAUUUCAGUUAAUCUGUAUACGGUAGUUAGGUUGGGUGGAGUUAGAAAAUGUGGGUGAAACUCCAACUAUGUAUUUCGCAGGUUUUCCUCAAGUUUGAGAGCAAGGCGGAUAAAAAUGGGUCCAUUUUCAUCAACACUAACUUUUCUGUAAUUUACAAACAGCUAAUAAAACUAUUUGAUUAGGGACAAGUAAAAAUUGACCUUGACCUUGGGCAAGUAGAUUUGUGACCCCCUUACCCAACCAGGCAUGUGAAAAACAUUCAACCACGCAAACACACAUUUAGUUGUUUUGUGAAGAUCUCCACUCACAGUAAAGGCCUUUGCACACAGUCAGUUUUUUCAGAUGCGUUUUUUAAAUCCGUCAUCUGAAAAAAAUCCUAUCGCACAGAAACUUUUCAAACUGAUUCUAAUGUGUUGUGUUUUAUUCGUUGUGAUCUGACCUGUUGAAAGUGAACUGUCUGAGUUAUGAAAUGAUUCUGUGCGCCCUACUCCUCUGUCUUGUCGCAGCUGUGUCCCGCCGCCACAUUUUCUUCACUGAUUCUUGGUCAAACAUCUCUAAAGGCGCUGACGGAUGUGGAAAAACACAGAAAAUAGAACAUGUUCCGAUGGAUGAAAGUUACGGACUCAGUGUGCAAAGGCCCUUAACACACUGCUAAAUUUCUUCUUCCUCCUCUGCAGUAAAAUCGACAGUGAAAUAUUUAUUAGUUGCAGCUCUGCCAUGUAAUCGGCUACAUGGACUUUUAAAAUUAGUGAUCUCAGAGCAGGUGAAAGGCGACAGGAAGUCCUUUUCUCAGCUUUACUGUAGCACAGCCUCCAAUUCUGUGGGCAAGCUUAAGUCAUUUUUCCCAAAAGCUGAUUUUUUGAGUGAGAAAAAUUCUAGAUUUGUGAAGACAGAGGGUUAAACUAUCAAGAAAAUGCAUUUUCUAACUUAGCCGGUUUAGUGUGGAAACACCCUGAGGUUCUUCAGUAUAAUAUGUCAGUUAUAAUAUUGGUUAACAAUUCUAAUUUUCAUAACACACACAUUACCAAAACUUGGCAGCAGCUGAGGGGUGUUAAAAGCUGAUUUUACCAGUUUACCGCCUUCAAACUAGAGGCCUUUAGUUUCAGCUGUCAGAUGCAUCCCCAGAGAAAAGAUGCCACCCGCUCUUUCAACAGAACGUUCCAGUCAUCACGCCAGAGAGUUGUCCACUGCCAAUUCCCUGACACAGCCAUUCGGUCAGCAUCCAACACCACUGUUUCAUCAACAGUCUGUCAGAGGUCCAUGCACAACAUGUCUCACUCCUACGUGUGUGUGUCAUACAGUAAUUUAUUAUGCCUGACUUCAUGCACACACAGGGUCAAACCACAACUUUUGUUUGUAAAGCAUUGCAAUAUAUGUCAAUACCCCCAUCAGAUAUAUAGAAUGUAAUCACAUCUAAAUAUUCAGGCUGUAGUUGUUACAUAUAGGCAGUAGUAGUUCAGCAGUACAUUUUGAAAGUAUUUAUUAUUGAGUGUAUUACUGUAAAGUAGACCUAGAGCCAGGAAGGAUGGUGACGGAGUGUUUUAAAACCUGCAACAGGUCACUCCUCGAGAGUUUCUGAGACAAAUUCCCAUCAAAGAGGAGGCGGUUUGAGGGAAAGUCGGAGCUGUUGAGCUGGAUCAACACCAGCAUCACUCAGUAACGAGUGUCUGGAGUUCAGCCACUAUGUCCCACCUGUGUGACGGCAGUGUUGGCAGCCGUAAUCAGGAUGGUUUAUUGGCUUGAUUCUGUGGCGUCAUUCAUCCCAAGUCUCAGCCAAGUCAAGCAACAGGAUGCAACCCAACAUAUUUCCUUCAGUGUGUGGGCCGAUGUAUUUUUGAUAACGGCCCAGUGAUGAUAGUGUCGGUAGCCGGAAUCUGGACAGUUUAUUUAGCCUGAUUCUGGGGAGUUAUUCAUGCUAUUCAUCUCAACCAAGUCAGGCAACUGCACGCAGCCUGACUCGUUUCUUCCGGCGUGUGUGCGUGCCAGGUCAUUUUUCAUAACGGCCCAGUGAUGGCACUAUCAGCAGCCAGAAUCAGGCAAGUUUAUAUGGCCCAAUUUUGGGGUGACAUUCAUUCCAAGUCUCAGCCUAGUCUAGCAACAGGAUGCAGCCUGACUUACUUCCUCCGGCAUGCCAAGUUUGGGCCAGUGCUGGGCCAGGUCAGUAUUGAUAACAGCCCAGUAAUGGCAGUAUUUAGUGGCCUGGGUUUGGGCCGUCAUUCAUCCUGAGUCUCAGUCGAGUCAGGCACCUGGUUGCAGCCUGACUUAUUUCUUCUGGCAUGCUGAGUUUGGGCCGAUGCUGGGCCAGGUCAUUUUUGACAAUGACCCAGAGACAGCAGUGUCAGCAGCCAAAAUCGGGCAAAUUUAUUUCGCCUUAUUUUGGGGUGUCUUUCAACCUGAGUCUCAGCCAAGUCCAGCAACCAGACACAGCCUAAUUUAUUUCUUCCGGCAUGCUGAGUUUGAGCUGAUGCUGGGCGAGGUCAUUUCUGAUAUAGGCCCAUUGACGGCAGUGUCAGCAGCCGGUUUAUCUGGCCCGAUUCUGGGGCAUCAUUCAUCCUGAGUCUCAGCCAACUUAUUUCUGCCGACUUUGGGCCGAUGCUGGGCCAGGUCAUUUCGGCUACCUGGGACACAUCAGAUUGCCUGUUUCUCCUGAACAAACGACCUCGGGGCACGUUAGCAUGAAUCCAGGGGGAUAGUUGUCUCACUAGAGAGUAGAAUGGAAACUAGGCUGUCUCACCUCAUUAAUGGCACUAUUUAUUCCUCCUUUGAUAUAUCUGUAUACAUAUGAAUAUAUACAUGUAUACUGUAUAUACAUAUUUAAGUGUUGACAUAUAUGAAUGUAUGAGCAAUGUGUCUAUAACGUGUAGGUAUUGUCAGUAUGUCUUAUAUAUCAUGUUAUAUUUGUAUAUGACAUCACGGAAUAGCUCCUCCAUUCUUUCUGUUCCACGGUUGACUACAUGUACAUUCAUAUUCAGAUAUAAUGUACAUGUAAAAUGUUUGAUUGUGAUGGUUCUUAUCACAAUUGUGCAAAACUUGCUUAUGACAGCAGGACUUUUUUUCUGAGCUGGGAUACUGAGGCAUGUGAUCAUCGUGUUUACUAAUGUUUUGUGCAGCUUUAAGUUUCCAUGGUAAUGUAUUCAUAAUGUACAACAAGAUGCAGGUGGCAGCUUCAGAUGGACACGGAUUAUCCUGCAUAUGACCGCACGUGUUGUCAUGGAUGUAGGAUGCAUUCAUCCCGUCACCCAUUCAUUUGGUGCUUCAAAAUCAUUUACAGCUCUUUCUUUCCCCGACAGGAGUCGGAAGUUUUCUGCGAAGAUUGAUAUUUGGGUUUCUUUGCAUGACAAGGACUUGAUUCUCCAGCGACACUUAACAUUUCAAUGCAGUGUUUUAGCUGUGAAACACUGGCUUUCUUACAGUACCUAUGAAAAGUAAUGCACCUAAAUUCGUAAAUAUCCCACAUAUUUGUGAGCAAGGAGGCUAUAUUUAUGUGACAUUCAUACUGCAGGCCGUCGUCUGUCAUAUGAUGGGAGCAAAGGACAAAGUACAUGUAGUGCGGUGGUCUGGAUGGUGGAGGGGUCAAACAAAGACAGGACUUUGACCCAGGAGUCCAAAGUUGGUGUGAAACUAAGGGUGCUUUCACACCUGCCCUAUUUGGAUCCGUUUAAUCAUACUCAAGUCCGUUUGCCCCCUAAGUGCGGCCCGUUUGGGCAGAUGUGAAUACAGAAUUAGUUAUUUUUGGUUAUACAAACGUUUUAUUACUAUAUCUGACACUUGAAACCAUUUUCUAAAUGGAAGUACAUGCAAAAAGUCUCCUUACCUUGAAGCUGGUAUACCACUGCAACCCUACAGUAGAAUAAUCUGCAACUUAAAUCACUUGAGCGUUUAAUUCAUUUCUAAAAACUUGAUGGUUCCAGCUUCUCAUGUGCAGAUUUGCUGCGUUUAACAGUUCAAAACCCAAAAAAGAUUCAGUUAAAGUUGUUUCAGGACAUCACCUUUGGCUUGAGUAAAUUAUGAUAUUCAUUUUCACUUUUUUCUGAGGUUUUAUAGACCAAACAGCUGAUUGAAUUGUGAAGGAAGCAGUCAUCAGGUCAGUUGAUAAUGAAGAAGUUGUUGCUUCUGUGGUCCAGAGCACUAUGAUUUCAGUUUCACAUAGCCUGGCAGAAGCCCAGCAGAAUGUGAGUAUAACCGAUGUGAAGAUUUCUAAGGUCAGUGAGGAAGAAGUCCUGCUGCAGACUUAAAACUAAGGUAAUACAGCCAGUAUGUUUAUACAGCGAUCUGCUCUCAUAAAACCCAAUCUUUAAGUGGAAUCUCAAAACAUGCAUUGAAAUGUCAAGUGUUGCUGUAGCCUCUGACUCAUUAUUGGCCUGGAGGACAAGUCAGAGAACAGGAUAUUAUCACAGGGAGUUGGAAAUGAGGCUAAACUGUCUCAAACUUUGCUGAGUGAGAACAUGAGUGCAGUUGUAAUGUCUCUCACGGGGGGGGGACGUCACAAGGUUGCACUGAUUCUGGCUCCCAGUGUUGGUUCAUGUGCAGGUUGUUCCCGUCAUUUGGCCAUCGCAUGCACUUGAAAAUGUUUCAGAUGUGUAAAAGCAACACACUUGAUUUCACACAUCUUGCAAGCGCUGCUGCCUGCAAGAGAAAUCGGGUGCUGCAGUUCAAAUCUGAGUCCAUUUUCAAGUCUAAUUUUGCGCAUGUGUCACGCUGCAUUUUCCCACCACCUCGUCAUGAACCCCAAACCACACAACAGUGAGGUUUUCCCUAUUGAAUAGAUUAUAUAACAGACAGAGAACCACUUGCCUCUGUGCCCUCACACAAACACGUUACACACCAAGAUUGUCUUGUGCCAAGUGACCUACUGUGUUUUACAAAAAAAAAAAACAUUUCUAUUUUUCUGUUUUCAAUUGGCUUUUCUUGUCAUUCACAUGGACUGGGGUUUCACUCAUACAAAUAUUCACAUCUGCUCUACAAUACUGCCCUCCUUCUGAAUUCACAAAAAGCAACAACUAACUCACAGUUCAAUAUGUCUUCAAAAUUUGAGAAUUAUUGGGGUAAUCGGUCCAGGAUGAGGGUAUGUACUCUAUAGCAUCAACUGCCUACACCAACCUGCUUACUGAUUAAAUCAUUGACAGUCUUCGGUUCCUAAGAUGGAGCCUGAUAAACACUAGCCAUGGUAGAUGUUUUCUGUCACAUUUUGUAGCCACUAUUUACACGACAAAAUUGUACAGCUCUUCCUUUUUGGGUGAAGCGAAGAUCAAGACAGAUUGCCUAAAAAGAAAGCGUCUAUGAUGGCUACACUGCUGGCUUCACACUCUUUUUAUGCAUUGAGUAACAGAGAAACACUGCCACCUGCUGUUCAACAAAUCAAGUUAACUGAUGAUAAUUUGACGUCAUAGAUAGUUCAGGCUGUUCUCAUGCACAGUUCAUAUGUAUAGCUAUGAAAAGUAACGCAUCUGAAUUUGUAACCCACGUAACCGUGAAGGCUAUGAUCACCAAAGUGCUGAUGGUAGUUAAGAAGGAAGUCGUAUAAAGAGCGAAAGUCUCUGUAAGGAGGCAGGUAGGGGUGGUUCAAACAAAACAAACAAACACACGACUUUCCCCUAAAAGACUUUGAGUCAUUUUAAGGUACAUUGUCACAUCACAUAAAGUGCGUAACUAUAAGAAAAGAACUUAACAUGAUGACGCCCAACUUUGAUUCUAUUCCUAAACCUAACCUAUCGAACUUAACGUUAGUUAUGUAACUUUAGGUUAAGUACAUAACUUAAUGUUAAGUAGGUAACUUUUUGUAACAUAUUUAACAUGACAACGCCAAACCAUGACUCUUUGUCUAAACCCUAACCUGGAUAACUUAACGUUAAUUACAUAACAUUAUGUCAACAACCUAAUUUUACAUUAAGUACUUGCCAUGAUGACGCCCAACCCUGAUUCUUCUCCUAAACCUAACCUACAUAAGUUUACGCUAAUUACGUAACUUUACCUUAAAUACCUAACGUGGCAGUGCCCAACCAUGAUUCUAUUCCUAAACCUUACCUACAUAACUUUACUUGAAAUACUUAACUUUAAGUUAAGUACAUAAUGUGAUGUUGCCCAACCAUGAUUCUUCUCCUAAACCUAACCUGGAUACUUUAAGUUAAGUACAUAACCUAACGUUAACUACGUCAAUUUAUGUUUCGUACUUACCGUGAUGGCGCCCAACCACGAUUCUUUCCCUACACCUAACCAAGGUAACAUUACAUUCCUAGACCUAACCUGCUUAACCUUACGUUAAGUACCUUAUUUAACAUGUGUAUCUAUCGUGACUACCCACAACCAUGAUUCUUUUCCGAAACCUAAUCCACGUAAUUUUACGUUAAGUACCUAAUUUUAAGUUGAGUACGUAAUUUAACGUUAGCCACAUAACUUUCUGUUUCAUUCUCAACGUGAUGACACCCAACCAUGAUUGUUUUCCUAAACCUAGAUAACAUUACAUUUCCCAGACCUAACCUGAGUAACUUUGCUUUAAGUAUGUAACUUUAUGUUAUGUACCUUACUUAACAUAUGUAUCUAUUAUGACUACCCCCAACCAUGAUUCUUUUCCUAAACCUAAACUACGUAACUUUGUCAGUUACAUGACAUUACAUCAGUAACCUAACUUAAAGUACGCAACGUUACAACACUCAACCAUGAUUCUUUUCUUCAACCUAACCAGUAGGGGCAUUCAUUCAUUGGAUAUUAUACAAACCAUUGAAUGUGCAGUUUCGUUAGCUAUCAUACGAACUGUUGUACGAGGAUACGUCCAAUAGUUACAAUCCAACCACUUUUCAAUCAAACGACACUUUUUUUCUUCCUUGAUGUGAAACCCUGUAACAGUUUUACAAGUUCAACAAGGUACCAGCAUCGUUUCGUGGGUUAUACUCCAGGUACUUUCUGUCUUAUUGAGAAUGUCAAAUGUAAAAUGCCAUUGAUGUAUAUUGUUAUAUAUACUGAGUAUGUAACACGCACUAAGGCAAUUGUGAAUUGCUGCAUUUUACCGUCUUAACUGGCCUACUAUAUAGAUAGGACAUUGUUUGAUAUUGGAUCUAGUAGUGAGUUGAAAUUGCAGAUGAAACUUUUUUUCUCCUUAAAGUUUAGUUUGUAAGUUGAUUUUAGGUUCAUUAUUUUUUCUCUGCUAAUAAAGAAGGCUAUUUUUGGUACAGUAGGAAAUCAUGAAAGUGUGAUUGUGACCUACUUCUUUUGACUUAACCAUGAAGCUAAACACACUGCGUCAUUAUCCGUGUUGUUUUUGGGUGAGUCACCAAUAAUGGUACCUGGACCAGGCAGUAAUUGUAGUUCAUUCAUGGUGCUUGUUGAAGACUGUGCAAGUUACCACAGUGGAAAGGAGGAUUAAAUUAUUCAGAGAGAGCCAGGCAGUUUUUUUUAUCACAGGAAAGUACAUUAACUUGACUUUUGGUUAGUCCCACGUGGCGUAUCUCAGCCAUCUGCACUGAAGUAGGCAAAAACCUGAGAUCUUUAAACCCUCUGUGACGGACAGUCGAUACCUUACAUCAUAGAAACUCAUCUGGCUGAACUUAUUUGAACUGUCCGUGAUGCAAUAAACUCCAUCCAUCUGGUACUCUUGAGAGUGUUCAAACAAACACCGGAAAUUACUUACAAAUAGUGUUUGGCCCAGGUAAAGAGCAGAGCUGCCAUCUUCUUCUCCUUCUUCUCGCUCACAUCCUGAUAAACAGCUUACAGCAGGAGUUUUAGCACAACCGAGCCCACUGCCCGACUCCUCCUGGAGUCCAUUACACAAUCCACGUCCUAUCUUGUCACAUUUCUGUUCGUGCACAGGUGUCGCGGAGGACAUUGUUGCGAUGUUGGAUUGGCUGUUUAUGGGUAUAUCCACAUAUAUAUUUGUCACCGCCACCGACAUCUCGACGAACACAGCACCCCACCCAAAGCCUUACAGUAAAGAUCGAUUCUUUAGAUUGUUUUUCAGUUUGUGUAUCUCACUUCAUGCAGCAGGAAGGGACAGACUCCCUUACAGGAUGAGACAUUGUUGAAGUGCACUUGAUUUUAAAUUGCAAUGUUAUUUUUCUUACCUUGGAGAAGUCCCGUCUUUCUUAUGUUUAAGAAAUAAAUGGCUGAGGUACUAACAUCUUA